CCCUCACUGUAUUAUGUUGAUUAAAAAAAUGAAUGGUAGUGGUUGGUAAAGUUAGCAACUAAUUAACUUUUUCUUGUAGUAAUGUGCAAACGCGUGUAACGUUGCAUUGCUAUAUAAUGAGCUCCGAUUCAAUUCUUUUCUAAUAUGAAAUUUGGAUCGUACGUAAUUAAGUUUGGAUGAUGGCAUUCCGAGUUGGUGUUAGGCGUUGGAUCUUAACUUUUGCUCUCCUUUACGUUUGUAUAUUCGGGAAAAACUUUGGAAAUGCUGAUGAGGAUGAGUCGGAGGGCCAGACAGGUGGUGGUGGGUUCGGUGGUGUGGGGGCUGGUAUAGGUGGUGCUGGGGGCGGAGUUGGUGGUGGUGUUGGGACCGGAGCUGGCGGUGGUGGGUUUGGAGCUGGCGGUGGUGGGCUUGGAGCUGGUGGUGGUAUUGGUGGGUUUGGAGCCGGUGGUAGUGGUGCCGGUGGUGGUGGUGGUGGUGGUGGUGGUGGGGUUGGUGACCCUUCUCAAAUUUUCUCCAAAGCCUUGCUCUGUUUUAAUGAUAAAAAUAUUUAUCGGAGCUGUGAAGAGUCGUGUAGAUUGAGCGAGAAUGGGAACCUGAAUGUGCCUGCAGAGAAAACUGAUAUAUUCUGCCAAGGGCCAUGUCUGUCGGAGACAAACUUGGUUCUGAGUUGCCUGGAUAACGUUUUCAGCAACUUCGUAUUUUACAACAAGGCAACCAUACAAGACAUCAGGAAAACAAUUGAAGCUGGAUGUGGCUAUGGCCCUCAAAGAGGAGACUUCAAUGUGGCUGAGCACAUUCAGGCUGACGAAAGCAAAGCUUCAAAGGCUAAUAGACAUAAUGUUGCAAUGGGACUUGCUACCAUCGCCAUCGGACGCGCUCUAUUGCCUCUCUUUUUCACAUAAUAUUGCGUUUAUGUGAAUCACAAUUACUACUCAUGCUUACCACUUACUCAUAUAAGGGAAAUAUUUUAGGUUAUGUCAUGUACUUGUAUUAUAUAUAUGUGUGUGGAACACGUUUGUGAUAUAUAAACCUUUUAAGUAUAGGAAAUAAAUUUUAACCCA